AUGGUUCAGAAAUCCAUUCUCAUCACAAUCAUUCUGGCUUUCUGUCUUGUCCAAACUGUGCUCACUUUGGGAACACUCACACCUUCUGCGGCUUUCAGGUAUGUAUGUAUGAUAAUCGUGAAAACUUUUAAUGAAACUUGUGAAACAAGGAAGAAUGUCAUCAGACAUGUGCGUGAGAUUUUCUAAUUAGAGAAGCGACAGGAAUGGGAGGAAAAAAAAGGAAGAACUCAUCAAUAUUGGAACACAAACACAUUUAUCUUGUUUUCGAAUCUUCUUCUAACAAUUAGUGCAAUGCAAAAUCAGUCUUGGCAAUCUAAAGGAAAGGAGAAAAGGAACAGAACCAUUAGCUAUUCAAUUCUUCUUUUCCAUUAACACAACACAUCUUCUUAAAAAUCUCAUCAAGAAUGCGUUAAUGCAUAAUUUAACCCAAUCAGUUUCCAUCUAAAUUGAUUUUAGCAAGAUAGUAGUUGUAGUAUGCCUAGAAUGUAUGAAGAGUGGGCGAGGUUCGAAAAUCAAAACGGAUAUCGAAUAAGUAUUUUUUUUCUCCACUUUUCUUGUCAACUUCAAUACAAUUUCCCUCAGUUGAGCAGAGCUUUUCAUUGCCGACUUGACUUGAUUUUCGGGAAGAGAGGAAUAAAUACCGAGUUAGGCCCCAACAUCCUGAAAAUAUGUUGUGAAAUUUUCAGAGCUAACAUGCAACAACGCGAGCGUCUGCCGAACAACUUGUUCUACAUGGACGAGGCGCCGCUUCGCCAGUACGUCGAUGAGAUCAAGGAUCCGAUCAUCAAGCGCUUCAAACCGUGUUACUACUCGCCCAUUCAAUGCCUCAUCAAGAAAUAG